AUGCCGUAUAAAAAAGAAGAACGGAAUGAAAGCCAAACAGUUCUCACCGAAUUCACAUUUGGGGCUUUCUCCUACCUCCAGGAGCUGCAGGUUCUUCUGUUUCUGGUGUUUCUAUUGAUCUACCUCCUCAGUAGAGGGGAGGACGUCAUUAUUCUACUAAUAAAACUCAGUUCCUCCCUCCACACCCCCAUGUAUUUUUUCCUAGUGAACUUGUCCUUCUUGGAAAUGUGUUACGCAACCAGUGUGAUCCCACAAAUGUUGGUGCACCUUCUUAUAGAGCACAAAAGCAUCUCCAUCAUGGGUUGUCCAGCCCAGAUGUAUGUCUUCACCAUCCUGGGCCUCACAGAAUGCUGCCUCCUGGCGACCAUGGCUUAUGACCGCUAUGUUGCCAUAUGCCAUCUCUUGCAAUACUCUCAGAUCAUGAGCAGCAGGGUCUGUGUCCGCCUGGCCACUGCCUAUUGGGUCACUGGUUUCCUGGUGGAAGCAGCACAAACCACUUGGAUCUUCACUUUGCCCUUCUGUGGCCCUCAACAAAUUCACCACUUCGUUUGCAAUAUCCUACCCAUGGUGAAGCUGGCCUGUGCAGACACCUCCAUGAAUGAGAUGGCACUAUUCGGGUGUUUGUUGUUCAUCAUGGGGCCGUUCCUGAUGAUUCUGGUCUCCUAUGUCCAUAUCAUCUCCACUAUCCUAAAGAUGCCCUCUGCUGAGAUCCAUCACAAAGCCUUCUACUGUCCUCAGCCGAGACUGUCAUGGCCCGAGCUAGCAGCCACCUUGUGUGUCAUCGGCAUCUGGGUGGAAGUGAUUCAGACCAUGUGGAUCUUCAGCCUGCCCUUCUGUGGCUCCAACCACAUCCGCCACUUCUUCUGCAACAUCCCACCAGUGGUGAAGAUGGCAUGCACAGACACCUCCAAGAUCGAGACUGUUUUCUUGGUCAUGUCAGGGCUGUUCAUCAUGAGCCCUUUCCUGCUGAUAAUCCUGUCCUACGUCUGCAUUAUCAUCACCAUCCUGACUGCCAUUGGCACCAGCUCCUCCCACCUCAUGGUGGCAACUUUGUUCGAUGGAAUGGCCCUUAUUGCCUAUCUGAGGCCCAAGUCCAGCUACAGCCCAGAGAGUGACCAAAUGAUUUCCCUCAUGUACACAGUUGUGACACCAGUGUUGAACCCCAUAAUAUACACUCUGAGGAACAAAGAGGUGAAGGAAGCCUUUAGGAAAAUGGUAGAGAAAAGCAUCUUUUCAUACAGCUGGAGAAAUUUGAGAAAGAAAAGUGCAUAA